AUUAAUUGUGUGAAAAUGUCAAAGUUAUUUUUUAUUUUCGUCAUUAAGUAAAGUUUAUUUAUCGGAUAAAAUAAUGAAAAAUAACAUAUCCGCCCAUUUUACCAAAUAAAUUUGAAAUUUAAGAUGGAUGUUAGUGAAAAAAAAUCGUUUUUUAAAUUAAACAAUGAUAUAUGUUGUGUUUGUUUACAACAAGAUAAUCUACAGGUUAUUAAGGAAAAUGAGUUUUUAUACGAAAUAUUCAUUAAGUUAAGUGGUAAACGAGUGAGAUUACGCAAUUUUACAUUUUGUAUAACAUGUAGUCGAAAACUGGAAAUGAUUUCGAAUUUUAUUUAUUCGUUUAAAAACCACUGUCAACUCGAAUUUUUCAAAAAAGAAUCUUGCUGCGAAUUUUGUUUUGAUUCAAAUACUAUGACUAAAUUUCCGCAACAUCUUUUAGACGUUUUUCAAAAGAUAACAGAUUUUCAGCCGAUAUUUAAUUGUUCUACAAACAUUUGUUACAAGUGCCUUAACAUAUUAGAGGAAACUUCGACUUUUAUAGACAUAAUAAAAAACAAUGAACAAUCAAUGAAACAUGUAGUAACAAUAAAACAAGAAAUAAUAACGGAAAAUCUGUGUGAUCAUGUCAAAUCAAACGAAGCUUUAAAAAUAGAAAUUAAGGAAGAAAUUAAUGAUGUAGAUGAUAUAUUUGAAGAAACUCCUGAAGUUAAGACUGAAUUUUUUGAUGAAACUGAAAGUACAGGGGAAGUUAUCGAAGAUGGCGAGUGUUCUGAAAAUGUCUUAAAAAUGGAGAUUGGAGAUGAAGGUCUCCAAUAUAAUUACGAAGAAAAUAUACCGAUUCAUUGUUCUGUUUGUAACAGAUCUUUUGAAACUACCGGCGGGUUAUUGAAUCAUUUGAAACGAAGGUUGAGGUGCAGAUAUCAAACGAAAUUUGUUGCCCAAUUUUGGAAAUGUUUUUUAAAAAAAGUCGCCAAGCCUUUUAAAUGCCAAGUGUGCCUUAAAUAUUUUUCUUCGAUAUAUCAAAAAGACAAACACACCGAAGCUCAUUUUGGUAAAGCUUGUGUAGCGUGUAUUUUCUGCGGUGAAUAUUUCAUCAAACAAAAAGAGUAUUUACAACAUUACAGACACCAUUCGACCAAACAAUUCCCUAUAAAAUGUAAAACUUGCCCUAGAAGGUUUCCCACCAAAACCGUCUACAUCAAACAUUUAAAAACCCACAAAGACAUUUCGAAAAAUCGAUACAGAUGCAAAAAAUGCGGCUCGACGCAUUCCAAAAAAUCGCUAUUGCUAAAACAUACGCAAAAAGAAAAAUUAAAUUGUGCCUAUUGUACGAAAACGUUUUGUAAAAAGAGCGACUUGACCAGCCACUUGCGGUCCCACACCGGCGAGAAGCCCUACCAAUGCGCGGUUUGCAGCUGGCGAUUCAGUUUUAAAGGAAAUUUGAUCAAACAUUGCACCAUACACACCGGUUAUAAAGCCCACACGUGCGAAAUUUGUCUGAAAAGCUUCUCUCGAGCAGAUUAUCUGAAAAGCCAUUACGUCGGUGUACAUAAAAAGGAAAUUGGUAUCCGGAAAAGGCGUCAAUACAAGAAAAAAAUUGUCGUUAAAUCGAGGUGUGUUUGUAAUAUUUGCGAUAAAGUGUGUCCUUCCAAAACGUCGUUGACAUCUCACAUGAGGGUGCACAAUAGGGAAGAUACGUUUAAAUGUACAGUUUGUGACAAAUCGUUUCGUUAUAAAGGUUUGCUGAACGGUCAUAUGAAAAUUCAUUUGAAUUAUCGCCCGUACGCUUGCGGUUUGUGUCCGAAGACGUUUAUAAAGCGAAACGAUCUCACUCGUCAUACCAAGACGCAUACCAAAGAGAAAAACUUCAAAUGCGAAAUUUGCGGCGAUAGAUUUUCAAGAAAAGACGUUCUCAGAUUGCAUUUGAGAGGACAUACGGGACAGAGGCCGUACGAAUGCGAAUAUUGUUUGAAAACGUUCAUACAAAAGAGUAAUAUGACUCAUCAUCUUAAAAAAUGCAGAUCGAUUGUCAAAAUCGAUUUUUCCGAUUGAUUUUUGUGUUUCGAAUGCGUCUGAACUAGUGAGUAAAUUUUCAUUUUUUUUUUUCAAUUAUAAUAUGAUUUUUUCGAAAUAUAAAAAAUUUUCCCGGACUAUAAAAAUCGUGUCAGUUUUUAAUGAAAUUUUCUCGUACUAUAAAAAAUUUAUGUAUUAUGCGAUUUUAUAUCAAUUACGAGACAACGACUGAAUUUUCAACGAAUUUUCUCGGACUAUAACAAAUUAAAACCCUAAUUUUCUCUGACUGUAUUGAAUUUUAAACUUCAUAGAUCAUAAAAAUGGAUCUUAGGUAAUUGAAUAUAUUUUUCUGAUUCGUUUAAUUACUCUCCGCAACACUUUUAUAUAAUUUUGAGUCAACUAGCAUCUUUAUUUGUAUUUCUAACGAAUUUUCUCGGACUAUAACAAAUUAAAACCCUUCUAGAUCAUCAUGAAUGUGUAAAAAAUGAUCUUAAAUGAUUGAAAGUGUUGCUUGAAUCAUCUAAUGAUUGUUUCUAGCUCGAUUUGAUAAUUUCAAGUCAAUGACCUUCAAAAUUUGAAUUUUCAAAGAAUUUUCUCUGACUAUAUUGAAUUUUAUACUUCAUAGAUCAUAAAAAUGGAUCUUAGGUAAUUGAAUAUAUUUUUCUGAUUCGUUUAAUUACUCUCCGCAACACUUUUAUAUAAUUUUGAGUCAACUAGCAUCUUUAUUUGUAUUUCUAACGAAUUUUCUCGGACUAUAACAAAUUAAAACCCUUCUAGAUCAUCAUGAAUGUGUAAAAAAUGAUCUUAAAUGAUUGAAAGUGUUGCUUGAAUCAUCUAAUGAUUGUCUCUAGACCGAUUUGGUAAUUUCAAGUCAAUGACAUUCAAAAUUUGAAUUUUCAAAGAAUUUUCUCUGACUAUAUUGAAUUUUAUACUUCAUAGAUCAUAAAAAUGGAUCUUAGGUAAUUGAAUAUAUUUUUCUGAUUCGUUUAAUUACUCUCCGCAACACUUUUGUAUAAUUUUGAGUCAACUAGCAUCUUUAUUUGUAUUUCUAACGAAUUUUCUCGGACUAUAACAAAUUAAAACCCUUCUAGAUCAUCAUGAAUGUGUAAAAAAUGAUCUUAAAUGAUUGAAAGUGUUGCUUGAAUCAUCUAAUGAUUGUUUCUAGCUCGAUUUGAUAAUUUCAAGUCAAUGACCUUCAAAAUUUGAAUUUUCAAAGAAUUUUCUCUGACUAUAUUGAAUUUUAUACUUCAUAGAUCAUAAAAAUGGAUCUUAGGUAAUUGAAUAUAUUUUUCUGAUUCGUUUAAUUACUCUCCGCAACACUUUUAUAUAAUUUUGAGUCAACUAGCAUCUUUAUUUGUAUUUCUAACGAAUUUUCUCGGACUAUAACAAAUUAAAACCCUUCUAGAUCAUCAUGAAUGUGUAAAAAAUGAUCUUAAAUGAUUGAAAGUGUUGCUUGAAUCAUCUAAUGAUUGUCUCUAGACCGAUUUGGUAAUUUCAAGUCAAUGACAUUCAAAAUUUGAAUUUUCAAAGAAUUUUCUCUGACUAUAUUGAAUUUUAUACUUCAUAGAUCAUAAAAAUGGAUCUUAGGUAAUUGAAUAUAUUUUUCUGAUUCGUUUAAUUACUCUCCGCAACACUUUUGUAUAAUUUUGAGUCAACUAGCAUCUUUAUUUGUAUUUCUAACGAAUUUUCUCGGACUAUAACAAAUUAAAACCCUUCUAGAUCAUCAUGAAUGUGUAAAAAAUGAUCUUAAAUGAUUGAAAGUGUUGCUUGAAUCAUCUAAUGAUUGUUUCUAGCUCGAUUUGAUAAUUUCAAGUCAAUGACCUUCAAAAUUUGAAUUUUCAAAGAAUUUUCUCUGACUAUAUUGAAUUUUAUACUUCAUAGAUCAUAAAAAUGGAUCUUAGGUAAUUGAAUAUAUUUUUCUGAUUCGUUUAAUUACUCUCCGCAACACUUUUAUAUAAUUUUGAGUCAACUAGCAUCUUUAUUUGUAUUUCUAACGAAUUUUCUCGGACUAUAACAAAUUAAAACCCUUCUAGAUCAUCAUGAAUGUGUAAAAAAUGAUCUUAAAUGAUUGAAAGUGUUGCUUGAAUCAUCUAAUGAUUGUCUCUAGACCGAUUUGGUAAUUUCAAGUCAAUGACAUUCAAAAUUUGAAUUUUCAAAGAAUUUUCUCUGACUAUAUUGAAUUUUAUACUUCAUAGAUCAUAAAAAUGGAUCUUAGGUAAUUGAAUAUAUUUUUCUGAUUCGUUUAAUUACUCUCCGCAACACUUUUGUAUAAUUUUGAGUCAACUAGCAUCUUUAUUUGUAUUUCUAACGAAUUUUCUCGGACUAUAACAAAUUAAAACCCUUCUAGAUCAUCAUGAAUGUGUAAAAAAUGAUCUUAAAUGAUUGAAAGUGUUGCUUGAAUCAUCUAAUGAUUGUUUCUAGCUCGAUUUGAUAAUUUCAAGUCAAUGACCUUCAAAAUUUGAAUUUUCAAAGAAUUUUCUCUGACUAUAUUGAAUUUUAUACUUCAUAGAUCAUAAAAAUGGAUCUUAGGUAAUUGAAUAUAUUUUUCUGAUUCGUUUAAUUACUCUCCGCAACACUUUUAUAUAAUUUUGAGUCAACUAGCAUCUUUAUUUGUAUUUCUAACGAAUUUUCUCGGACUAUAACAAAUUAAAACCCUUCUAGAUCAUCAUGAAUGUGUAAAAAAUGAUCUUAAAUGAUUGAAAGUGUUGCUUGAAUCAUCUAAUGAUUGUCUCUAGACCGAUUUGGUAAUUUCAAGUCAAUGACAUUCAAAAUUUGAAUUUUCAAAGAAUUUUCUCUGACUGUAUUGAAUUUUAUACUUCAUAGAUCAUAAAAAUGGAUCUUAGGUAAUUGAAUAUAUUUUUCUGAUUCGUUUAAUUACUCUCCGCAACACUUUUGUAUAAUUUUGAGUCAACUAGCAUCUUUAUUUGUAUUUCUAACGAAUUUUCUCGGACUAUAACAAAUUAAAACCCUUCUAGAUCAUCAUGAAUGUGUAAAAAAUGAUCUUAAAUGAUUGAAAGUGUUGCUUGAAUCAUCUAAUGAUUGUCUCUAGCUCGAUUUGAUAAUUUCAAGUCAAUGACCUUCAAAAUUUGAAUUUUCUCUGACUAUAACAAGUUUAAAAUAUGAUUGAUCUUGUUUACUUUCUGCAAAUAACUUUAUUAUGGUUUUUAAUUCUCGAAAUAUAUUGACAUGAUCAACUAUAUUUAGUAUGUCAAUUUUAGAUGGAAUUUUCCCGUACUAUAACAAAUUUUAAACAUUGUAGAUCAUUAGUAGCUUAUUGACAACAUUGGGUGAUUAAAAUGUUGAUAAAUUUGUUAAAUGACUUUCUAAUGACUUUAUUAUUUUAUUCUAUAGAAUUUAUCGAAAAUUACUGUGUAAAUUUAUUUAUUUUCAUUUAUAUUGAAAAGAUAAACGUUAUAUUAGUCUCAUUCUAAAAUAAAAACUUUUACAAAAUAUUUAAUAGAUAAAUUGUUGACAGAAAAAUGAUUUUCUUGUUAUUGGUACUAUGCCAAAUUUAAAAUGAAAAUUAUCAACUCACUUCUGUGAGGAUGAGUCUUUUGUUAUUUUUUUUACAAAAGCAAUUUUUUACUAAUUUGUUAACCAAGUGCAAAAAAUACUACUACGCAUUUAUAUUUUAAAGAUUUUAUUUAUAUUUAUUAUAUUUGGGGUAUAAUUAUCUUAGUUACAGUAUAUUGUGUAUAUUUAUAAAUACUUGCAACUUAAAACAAAACUAUAUACAGUAUGAUCUAAAAAAAUCACUAAUUUUUUGGUUAUUUCGUUAAAAUCCUAUAAUAUUUUAAUGAAUCAUUGAUAAAUUAUAUUUAAACGAAUAUUAAUGAGCAAUAAAUACGAAACGAAUAUCAUGUAUUAACAAACAUAUCAUUAGGAUUGAAAAAUCAACUAAAAACUGAUAUUAUAAUGACAAUAAACAAAGAUUAAUUACAAUUACCAAUAUUUACGACUGACCAUACAAUAUUUUGUUAUUUUCCAUAUUUCAGUUUUAAAAUUAAACUUAAUACAGUUUUUCCAGUGUAAUUAUUCGUAAUAACCCAUUAAAAACAUGGUUUUAUACUGAAUUAUGAAAACUUUUGGUUUCUAUUCACUUUCAAAACACUCCAGAUUAAAAACAAAUUUGAGAAAUCGAAGAUCUAUGCAAAUAACUACUAAAUUAUACAUACGGAUUUAUGCUCAAAAGACUAGACAGUCUAAUGGCGUUUCUGUAAUUUUAAAAAAAGUUGCAAGUAUAUGAUUUGAAAUAUGAAUAUUUAAAUUAUAAAUAUAUAAAUUCAAAGUUGUAUUUACUUACGUUAGCUGUUGAUUUAUUCAUUUAUACCUUUAUUUUAUAUAAAGCACAAGUUAAAACUGGGUUUGAAUUAAUGUUAUCUCCAAAAUAAUUUUUAUGGUUAUAUUAGAUUCAUUAUAUCUUCUAUUCGUUAUUGUAAUUUCAAAUAUAUAUCAAUAUAUUAUUUUUAACGUAUUCAUUUGCUUUAUUUCCCCUAAAUUCAUCACAUGUUUGCUUUAAUACAGUGGACACAAUAUUAGGUGGAAAUAAUUGAUAUUAAAUAGUUUUUCUUACAGUAAUUCAUAGUUUAAUGUGUAAAAUCUCUUGAGAAUCUUAACGUAUUGUAACAAACGGUAAGUCCCUUUAUUUUAUCUUAUUUUUCGUUA